AUGACAGAACUGCAGAUUUUAAAUUGCAAAAAUUUCAGCUCGUUGCCAGACAUUAUUCUAUGCAAUGCUCUACAUGUGCCCAUGUUUUUCUACUAUCGUCGCCUACUGGGUCAAUUUUUGAUAAAAGAAUGCGAAAUGAGCAACAGUGCAGCACUCAAACCUGAACCGUUUCUUGCAACGUUUCCGGCAGCUGCUGAUCAACCUGACUUGAUGGAUACGAUGUGGAAGCUUUGGCAGAUUCAUCAGAAAGCAGCAACGAAUAGGAGAGUGAGUAAAUUUUACCAAGAAAUACAAAGAUCAAAGCAGAAAACCGCACAAAAAUGCCACAUGAAGCAGCCACCUCCUAUUGGAAUUCAUUUUAUACGUUUUUUUUGCGCUUAG